CCUCGACGGUGGAGGGUGGCCAAGCUGGUGCACCACCUGGUGGUCCGCCUCCUCCUCCGACGUCGUACGGCAACCCGCAGCUGCAACCAGAUGGUUUGUUGCCAGCCAGUAAAUGCGACACGAGCAGCUCCUCCCUCCGGAAGCACUAUGCCAACCAACGCUGUUGAUGACCCGAGCACUGCCCCGUCCCCUCUCAGCGCACCCGCCUCAAAUAUGCGCAACGCCACGGCCGCAGCGUCGAUGCAACAGAACCAAUUGAUCAAUACAGGGAAUGGGGCCUGGAGGGAGUAGUUUUGGCGGGGCGGGUGGAGAUACCAACGAUACCAACAGAUACGAAUUUUCCAAUAACCCGGUCGAGCAGGAACAACAGCAACAGAUGUUGUAGCGAAAUCAAUUUGUGCAACAACGGCAACAGAAACACAUGCAAUUUUAAUUGCCUGGGUGAGGAUGCUGAAAAAUUUGAUGCUCAAAGAUCCCUAUUCCAGGAGCCCAUAGGAUAUUCUAUUUGCUGAACAGAUUCAAGAGAUAUUUCCGAACAGAAAUGGAUGGGUAGAAUAUGCAGGAAAGAGCAAAAAAGCGUGUGAUCACACGGAAAAAAGUG